AUGUCCCAAGAAACACCCGAACAGCCAGUAGCAACAGAAUACAUCCCACCCUCAGUCUCAGAACACCUCAACAACCUCCACUCCGGCCACUCUUACACUCACUACAGCCCAAUGCCAACGAAUAUCAGCAGUAACAAUGCCACAACCAACACACAAGGCACACCCGUUGUCCUCGGCGUCGAUGAGGCCGGUCGUGGCCCCGUCAUCGGCCCCAUGGUCUACGGGAUCUUCUACCUUCCAAUCGAACUCCAGCACUCUCUUCUAGCAGAGACCCACCAUUUCGAUGACAGUAAAGUGUUAACACCCCUUAAUUGUGGCUGGGCCAUCAAGUCAUUAUCAGCCCUGGAUAUUGGUGCAGGGAUGAUGCGAAACGGCGGGAGCUAUAACCUCAAUGCACAGGCCAUGGACGCCACAGUCGAGGUGGUUCGUGGUGUCAUUGAGCGUGGGGUUAAUGUGGUUGAGAUCUAUGUUGAUACCAUCGGGCAGCCUGGCACGUACCAGAAGAAAUUGCAAGCCAUCUUUCCGACUGUGAAGAUUACUGUUGAGAAGAAGGCAGACAGCUUGUAUCCUUGUGUUAGUGCUGCUAGUGUGGUUGCAAAGGUCACGAGAGACGUGAGCUGCGAAGUUCUGUACUCAAAGGUCGUGGAAGGCAAGCAAGCUCAGUUCGAGGAUAACGGCGUCAUGAUUGAUGAGGUCGGUUGGGGAAGUGGUUAUCCAAGUGACGCCAAAUGUGUUACUUGGCUCAAAGGCAAUAUGGACGAUAUGUUUGGCUGGGGUUCAGAGUGUAGGUUCAGCUGGGGCACGGUCAAGGAUAUGCUUGAAGACAGAAGCAAAGCAGUUCAGGUCGAUUGGCCAGAUGAUGACAAGGAGAAUAACAGAUUGAGCCAAUAUUUUGGUGUAGGCGAUACCAUGAUGAGGGGUAUCAAUAGUGAAGAGCAGGAGUUGCGGAACUGGUUUGGUGCGAGUGUUGACAAUGAAGUCUUCUGA